AUGGAAACCGUGAGGGAUGUGGGCGAGCUCGCAACCACACGCACCAAGAAACCGGAUUUGGUCUCUGCUAAGCCUGGUCCUAACGGGAAUAUGACGGCUGUAGAGAACUCAAGACUUUGGGUCAGAACGCGAGGGUAUGGAGCUGUUUAG